UGCUUCACCUCCUGGCUCCGCGUUCGGUUCGGCACCUGGAACUGGAUCUGGAGGUGCUGCUACGGUGCCGCCUCCGCCACGGUCCUAGCGCCGCUCGGCUUUGUGCUCCAUAAGCCCCCGGCAGUGGGCAGGAACCGCCGUCACCACCGGCACCCGCGCGGGGGGCCGGGUCCUGCCGCCGCCCACCCCCGGCUGCGCUGGCGCGCGGACGGCCGUUCCCUGGAGAAGCUACCUGUACAUAUGGGCCUGGUGAUCACCGCGGAGGAGCAGGAGCCCAGCUUCUCGGACAUCGCGAGCAUCGUGGUGUGGUGUAUGGCUGUGGGGAUCUCCUACAUUAGCGUCUACGACCACCAAGGUAUUUUCAAAAGAAAUAAUUCCAGAUUGAUGGAUGAAAUUUUAAAACAACAGCAGGAACUUCUGGGCCUAGAUUGUUCCAAAUACUCACCGGGGUUUGCAAAUAGUAAUGACAAAGAUGAUCAAGUUUUAAAUUGCCAUUUGGCAGUGAAGGUGCUGUCCCCAGAAGAUGGAAAAGCAAAUAUUGUGAGAGCUGCUCAGGACUUUUGCCAGUUAGUAGCCCAGCAGCAAAAGAGAUCUACAGAUUUGGAUGUAGAUACGUUAGACAGUUUACUUAGUUCAAAUGGUUACCCUGAUCCUGAUUUAGUAUUGAAGUUUGGUCCUGUGGACAGCACAUUAGGCUUUCUUCCCUGGCAAAUCAGAUUGACUGAGAUUGUCUCUUUGCCUUGCCACCUAAACAUCAGUUAUGAGGACUUUUUCUCUGCCCUUCGUCAAUAUGCAGCCUGUGAACAGCGUCUGGGAAAGUAGUGAUCCCUGGUUGCAUAAUUUGAUUUCAGGCUUUUGGAGAAAAGGACCCAAGUGACUCUGAUGUUUACAAAGCACCUAUGAAACCCUGUGCACACCUAGUUCAUAUUCCUCAUAAUUUAUCAACAAACACAAAAAAGUGUCUUACUUGAGAGUGAGUGUAUGGCUGUGUGUGUGUGUGUGUGUGUGUGUGUAUGUGUGUGUGUGUAUGGAAUUAAACUUAUAAAUGGGGGAAGUAUUGGAUAAUGAAAUAUAUAGAUCUACAACUUUGAGCAUAUAGCAAUGUUAUAGGAGCCAAGAUUUCAGAUAUAAAGCUUUGGGCCCCUACCACUUCCCUGUUUUUGUGGGGAGUAGAGGGAGAGAGUGACUAGAACUGUUUGGGUUGUUUGGGGAGAAGGGAAUAAUUUUUGUUCAGUCUUUCCUAGUGACCAAACUUUAAUUUUUAAAAAUAAUAUAUUAUUAAAUCAAGGUAUUCUCAGUUUGAGGGAGUUGCAGGGGAGUGGAGUUCUGUGUUGCUCACUUGUUAAAAGCUUGCUCCUCUUCAGAGGAGAGAGAAUAUCUAUCUUGAGAUAUCCAUCCACUUUCAUUUCUUACUUCAUUGUAGUUAAACAAUGUGACUUGAGAAUGUUGCUCUGGUGUCUGUGUUCUGUGUUGUGAAGAACAUUUGAAAAGAACUCUUGCUACACUGAAAUGCAGAAUUUAAAAAAUUUAAAUGUUGAAUUAGGCAGUCAAAAGGGAAAAAAGUUGAAUAAGUUGUAAUCUUAAAAGUAAACAUGGAAAAUUUCCUAGAAAAGUUUUGAUUUCCUAUUUUGUGUAAUGAGUAGUAUGCUGCAUACUAUCCAAAGUUGGUUUAAAAAAUAUUUCCAGUAACUAUUUUUAUUUAAAAUGAGCAUUUGAGAGAAAUUAUUAGGGCAGCUCUUUUCCUUAGUAGUAACCUAUUCAUCUUUAAAAUAACACCUGGGAUUUUUUUUUUUCUUUUCCAGUAAAUUCCAGUGGUGACUUUGCAUAAAAAAUUAAGUAGGAUUGAGACCUGUGUGUGGGGAAGAAUAUUACCAAAGUCUACAAAAAUAAUUUAGAUUAAUUUUAUAUGUUCUCUUUUAUGACAGAGAACUCAUUGGUUCUGUUUUUUUAAAUGAAUAAAUGAUUUCUUGAAAGGUGUUUAAUAUUUUCCCCUCACUGCUGAUCCUUGGACAGAAACCAUACUUUAUAUUUGAUGGUCUGUUUUCAGAAAACUCUCUUACAACAAGUGUACAGUAGUUAUCUAAAAUUGUACUUUUAAAAUGGAGUAGUGUAAAUACUAGGUCUCAGAAGUCUGAAAAACAGCAAAGAAGACUGAAUUUGGAAAGCAUGGUCUGGAAUUGCUUGUCAGAUUCUAAAGUAAUGAAGAAUAAAUGUUUCAACUUUGGAUUAUAAAACCCCAUUUAUGAUUUUAAAAAUACACUUGAAAUAAAAAUGAUUAAACUAAAAAAAAAAAAAAA